UGACCACCCUUAUAAUAGGGCAAGGGCGACACAAAAUAACCCGACCGGUCGCCCUAUUUAGACCUCUCAGAAAUGAGGCGGAAAAUCACACAACACCGGCAAUUAAUUUGACACCCACAAUUUUGGACUCAACUUGUGCCAGAAGACGCAGCGUGCAGCUCGAGCUGUAAAAGAGCCUCAGUCAAUGGAAUAAAUAAACUUAAAGUAAGGCUAAUGUUGCAUAUUUAUCCUGUCAUCCGGAUGGACUCUCUGAAUUAUGGAGCGACUCAACGACAUACGACUUUUGACAGGAGCGGAGCGUAAUAACAGGUCGUAAUGCCGCACAAUUGGACGACACCUAACAGGUGCUACUCAAACAUUUCUGAUUUUAAAUACAGACGACAUAUGAGCUGACAUCAUAUAUGCUAUUUUUUUAGGGAAACCAACACGUCAUAGCUAUUUAUUACUGGAUCGAACAUGUAAGGUUUGUUGUUGUAUGUUUGCUCGACUGAAAGAGGGGAAAGACCUAGGAUUUAUGUUGGGAGAGAUUACAAGAAAUACGAGGUGAUCCAGUGAUCUUGUUACCAGAGACUUUUUUUCUAUCAUCAUGAAUUUGACUUCUUUUGGAUACUGAUGGGUGUUUGUGCCACCGCUCUGAGCCUCUAUCAUGGGAUGUGUGCAGAGUGUCAAACUCAAGCCAAGUUUUCAUGAGAACAUCACAGUCCUGGAACUACAAGCCUCCAUCGAUCCCAAUCCGACAGUCCUGGAUGAGUCCUCAAAUGUGGUUCUGCGGUACCGCACGCCUUACUUCAGGGCAUCCGCUCAGGUGCAGGUGCCACCCAUGCUUUGCAAAGAAAUCUGGACUGUUGGAUGGAUCCAGGCUUGCAAUCAGAUGGACUUCUUCAAUAUAUAUGGAAACGAAGGAGUAUCCAGCUGGGAGCUGCCCGAGCUUAGAUGUGGGCAGAUUCAGGCCAUCAGUGAUUCGGAUGGCGUGAACUACCCCUGGUAUGGCUGCACCACCGAGAUGUACACCAUAGUGGGUCCCACCAAAAAGAGCACCAAACUCACCGUCAGCAUGAACGACAACUUCUGCCCGAGUGUGACGUGGAGUGUUCCGGUGGGCACCACUAGCAGCCCUCCUCUCCUGAGCGCCAUCCAGAGAGACCAGCGCUUUACCACCUGGCUGGUGGCCAUGAAUGAAACCACAGCCGAGAUGGUGCUGCUCCGGACCAUCCGCUGGAGGAUGCAGAUCUGCGUUAAAGUGGAUCCCAAGAGGCCUCUGGGUCAAAGAGCUACAGUCGUGGAGCCACUGGUCCAGGAACAGCCUCAAGUCCAAGUUCGCAAUGAACCCAUCCCAAUCAACGCCUUGGUUAAGCCUAACGCCAACGAUGCCCAGGUUCUGAUGUGGCGGCCUAGAAACGGGGAACCCAUUGUGGUCAUUCCCCCAAAAUAUUGAUCCCAUGAAGGAUUUUUCCUUCCAACUUGAACUGAAAUGAUUUGACAAAUGAAUUAAAAUGGGCGAAUUUGGGUAAAAUAUGGCAAUCUUAAAAAUUUUAACCCAAACAGUCCUUAUUUUAUUUACCCAAAAUAUUUUCUGAGAACAUGGAGCAAGUCAGAAAAUAUUAAAACAGGGUUACUGAUUUAUAAUUAUGAAUGAACGAAGUGUAUUUAUUAAUGACUUAUUGUUGAAUUAAUUCUUAUUGUGUUUUGUUUUUCAAUAUUUUAGUAUUUGAAUAUUUUUAGUGAGAAAUAAAAAACCGUGUGGCCUUUGCUUACUUGAGAUGUGGCCUUAUACAUUAACUUAAAAUGAUUUGCUAACACAUCAUGUAUGUUGAUUGUGUGAUAAACACUGUAAAAAAGUGAUUAGUUGGCUUUACUUAAAAAAAAUGAGUAAACCUGUGGACUUAAAGAGCAUCUAUGAUGAAAAUCAUCCUUUGUAAGCUGUUUGGACAGAGCUGUGUGGUGUUAUAGUGUGUCCACUGUCAUAUUGGAAUGAUAUAAACCCAACAAGUCUUUUUUUUUUUUUUCAAUACUGACGUUAAAAUAGGACCCAAAUUCCAGUGAUUUUGAGGCCCACCGCAACGUGACGUAGGAGUGCGGUUUUCCCCACCCAAUGAAUUGAUUGACAGGUGCCAUGUUUCUUUAGUGUACACAUGUCUACAGAACAUUUUUUCGCAAAUAAACUGGGAUUAAAAUAUAACUCUCAGAUUUUUAUAAGAUUAAAACAACAAAGACAGUAAGAUCGCUAUGUAAUUCCUUACUGAUAUAAUCACCACGGCCGCAUGGUGUCAGUAAACGCGCAUAUACGUGUAUAAAACUCACAUUUCAGAAAGGCUUGAAUAAACUCCACCACACGUACAUCAAAUAAACUCACUUGGUGUUUUUGACUAAUGAGCUGUAUUUCCAGCCUGAUCUCACGAGAAAUCGUAAGUAUUUUACGUUUUGUCAGUUUAGUGGCUAAUUCGUACAAAUUCGUACGAGUUCAUUCGUUUCGAUUUUAAAAAGGAGGCGUAGCACCUGACCCCACCCCUAAACACAACUGUCAUUGGGGGAUGAGCAAAUCAUACUAAAUCAGACGAAUUAGAUCGUACGAAUUCAUACGAAUUAGCCACUAAAUCAAAAAGUUAUGAAUUGCCGUGAGAUUGUGUUGGUAUUUCAGCUUCAUCCAAGUUUGUCACUGACUGCUGUUUAUCUGACAACGCAUGAUGAGAAGCAGACGCAUGUGGGAAUGGUAGGCGGGGAGAAGCAGCUCAUUUGCAUUUAAAGCCACGGGCUACAAAAACAGCUAGAAUGUAUUCAGGCACCAAAAUGGGCAGAUUCUGGAGGCUAUAAUAAAUAAUCUGAUGAGUAUUUUAAGCUGAAACUUAACUUUAUUCUGGAGACACCAAAGGCUUAUCUUACAUCUUGUAAAAUACGUGCCCUUUAAAAUUAGUAAGCAAACAAACUAUGUGCAUAAUUAUGAAAUUAAGUAAACUUAACAGUACCAAGUACCAAAUUUACUCUCUUUAAGUAAAGUCAACUUGUCGCUUUUAAGGCAAUUGGUUUACUCAGUUUUUUAGCGUAGUAACUAAUCACUUUUUACUGUGUAUUUAUUUGGUAACGCUACAUAAGGGUUUCAUGUCAAAAGUUCAUGUAAAUCAACAUUUAUGAAUGGGUCAAAAAUGAGACAUCAGUUUUAGCGUCUGCAUUACCACAGGGAUUUCUAUACACAGAAAGCACAAUAAAUCUAUUGUGUGUGAUAAAAUGUCAAAAAUAAAUAAAUAAUUAAAUAUUAUAUCAUUUCAAUCUUAAGGUAAGCAACAGUAUGGGGUCUUUGUUGUCGCAUUUUACGCUUCAAAAUGCACCACAGAUUCUCUAUUGGAAACAGGUCGGGACUACAGACAGGCCAGUCAUGUACCUGUAUCCUCUUCCUCCACAGAAGGGACUUUGUAAUGUGUGCAGAAUGUGGUUUUGCAUUGUCAUAUUCAAACACACAUGUACAAAUAUCCCUGAUAAAGAAGGCAACAUAUUGUGCUCUAAAAUCUCUAUGUACUUUUCAGCAUUAAUGGUGCCAUCACAGACGUGCAUGUUACCACGGUGAUUUAUAUACAUAGAAAGCACAAUAAAUCUAUUGUGAGUUUAAUAAAAUGUCAAAGUAUAGAUAAUAUAUCAUCAUCAUUUCAGUGAAACAGAAGUAAAAACAAAACAACAUUCUUAUUCUGACUGUACGCAUUAAAAUAUAUACGUCAAUCCUUUUAUAGAGCCUCUUAAUGUGAUUUUCCCUUUGGGGAUUAAUAAAGUCAAACAAACAACAAAUAAUAUGCCAUCAAUAGAUCAUUAUUAAUAUGCCUGACAAGAUAUUUAGCCAUAUAUAGCUUAUUGUUGCACCAAAUUACAGGAAAAAGUCAAAUGAAAGAGAAGACAAACACUGAAAAAUAAAAAUGUAAAGACAAAAAGUCAAGACAACAAAUACUUUUAUGUUGUUUUAACUUAUUUUAAUAAGGUUUCAACUAAAUUGUUUGAGUUAUACAAAGUUUAACUUAACAUUUUUAGUUUGAUGUAAGUUGACAUGACUAGAAAAGUUACUUCAACUAAAAAAUGUAUCAGCAAGAAUUUGUUUUACAGUGUACUAAUAGUUGAAAAUAAAUAAAUAAAUAAAUAAAUAAAUAAAUAAAUGAAUGAAUGAAUGAAUGAAUGAAUAAAUAAAUAAAAGUUGUUAACAUCGUAAGUUCAAUGAUGCAUAACCCAAUGUUGAAACCAAAUGAAACCUUAUUGUACUGUUUGUAGUCUGGUGUGGCCAAAGUGUGUCAAACAGUUGCCUUUUAUUUUGUACAAGACAUUUGCAACGUCACUUGUGUCUUGUAGGAUGUUCCCUGGACUAGAACUGUGAAUAAUUUAGUUGUCUUCUCAUGUUGUAAAAGGCAGCUUUUCAGGAGCACAAGCUGUAAUUUAGGUACUUCUUUUAUUUAGGCAUGGAGAACUGUGAGAACUAUACAAUAAAAUCAACAUGUUACACUUCA